AUGGCCAGGUUCCAGUGGCUCCAGGUCAUCGCCGCCCUCGUCCUGUGGAUCUCGAAGGCUGCUGCAUCAGACAUCUCAGCGGGCAGUGAGCCCUACGUUUGGUGUUACAACUGCGGCAACGGAGUCACUCGACUCGACGCUGGCAUUGCAGUAGGCCAUGCCUGCAACUACUACAUGAACCGGAUGAUGUCCAAGGAUGACGACACUGCUCCGGGUCUUCGCUUCACGUACCUGUGGUCCGCUUACACCCACAUCACCCUGAGCGUCAUCCCCCAAUGGUUUCAACCGGGCUGCACGUCCGACACCAACGACUUCAUGUUCGACUUCGACCGUUGCUACUACAGUUUCAUGGCGCCCAUUGACGACUGCAACACUGGGGGCGUCAAUGGCAAGAAGGGAGGCUGGUACAUGUACUACUGCGCCGCUAUCAUGACAAACACCGCCCCGGAAGAAUGUCCUGGCGGCUACAUCGUGGGAAAGUCGUCUCGCAUCACAGCGGCUCUGGACGCGGACGCCACUUCUACGAUCGAGACAUUCACGUACCACGCUUCCGAAGAGGAGCACCAAGCGGCUCGGGCGGCCCUGCUCGGAUCCCCAGAGUUCGCGGACGAGUGCGCCGAACACGAAUUCACCACAGCCGACGAUGCUGAGCCAACCGAUGAGGCCGACGCAGGCGACAAACUCCCAGCUCCAGCGCCAGCCUCAGAGCCUGAACCCCUGGCCAACAUCGAAAAGCGCGACACAACCACAACCUGCUUCGGCCCCGCCUCCAGCACAAUGGAAUGCUACGGCAUCGACCGCUCGCUAGCCUAG